CUGAGUCAUUAAUGGGCGUGGCAUGGAAGCGUGGAGUCACGAGGCCAUUGUCUCUGCUUCUCUUUCUCUUUUCCAGGGACUGGGUAAGAAAGGGAAGCCUUCUUCUGAAGAAUGGACGCCUUUGGCAACCUUUUCUCUCACUGAUGAUAGCAAAACUGAUAUUGCUAAAGUUAUUUCAUUGGGCACUGGAUCAAAAUGCAUUGGAGAGCAUAAAAUGUCACUGGAAGGUUGGUUAGUUAAUGAUAGUCAUGCUGAAAUUAUUGCUAGGAGGGGUUUUGUGAAAUAUCUUAUUGGACAAUUAAAAUCAGCCAUUUUAGAGACAGAGGAUACAAUCUUUGAGAGGUCACCUAUAUGCAAAGGACAGUACAGUAUAAAGAAUGGUAUCAAAUUUCAUUUCUUCACUUCUCAAUCUCCAUGUGGAGACGCUAGUAUCUUCCCCCUCUCCACAAAACAUCAAAGAAUUGAAGAAGAGGAGGGAGAAGAGAAUGGAUCUGCUACCAAACGAAUGAAAUUAAUUGAAGAAGAAAGUGGAUCAAUUACAGAAGGGAAUCCUAACCAAUUUCCUAUUAGAUCUACUUCAGCCCCUAAAAGUACAGUGACUGUUAGUACUGGACAAGCAGUAGAUAGAGAAUUGAAUGCUGUAGAAGAUGGAGCCCAUUCUGAUGUACAUAGAACUGGUACCAAGUGUUUAAUCACUAGUACUGGACAAGCAAUAGAUGAAGAAGUGAAUGCUGUAGAAGAUGGAGCCCAUUCUGAUGUACACAGAACUGGUGCCAAGUGUGUAAAGGGUGGCAGUACUGAUUCUCAUUUGCCCGGUCUAGGCUAUCAUGUGUUAAGAGCAUUAAGAACUAAACCAGGUCGGGGUGACCCUACUCUUUCCAUGUCGUGCUCUGAUAAGAUGAUGAGAUGGAAUGUGUUAGGAGUUCAAGGAGCUCUCCUGUUUCUCCUCAUAGAUAAACCAGUUUAUUUACAUUCUAUUACUGUUAGUGGUGAACUGUAUAAUCAAGAGGCAAUGGAAAGAGCACUAGUGGGGAGAUUGUGUCAUUUGAAACUGAGCAAGGAGCUACUUGAAAAAGGCUAUAAGCUUCAUCAGCCUAUCAUCAAGCAAUUAAAACAAGGAUCUUUGCAAGAACUUACAAAAGGAGGGACUAGAUGCAGAAUGGCACCUGGAAGUAUAGUUUGGUGUAUUGAUCCUCCAACUCAUGAGGUGAUAAUACAAGGAUAUUGCCAAGGAGCUAAUAGGAAGCAGAAACCUGAUGAUAAAUCUAGUGUUUCAAUAUGCAAGAAAAAGUUAUUUAGCGAUUUCAAAGAGUUAGUGCAGUUAAUCUCAGACAAUGAUCUGCCCGUGAUUUUAAGUGAUUUAAGAGUUCAAGAAUAUGAAGGAAGGUAUUACGACUGGAAGCAAUCUUCUCUUGACUAUCAGAAAGCAAGGACCUUGUUUAAUGAACAUUUUCCAACUUGGCUGACAAAUGGGAGAGAGUUAGAAUAUUUUUAAUGAACUGAUUAUUGCUAAAUUGAUUUAAUUUUGCUAUUAAUUUUUUACCAAAAAAUUUAUGAUGGUUUUUGUUUGUACCGUAUACAUGA